AUGACUGUCACCAGUAUUCUCCUGCGGCGAGGUGCUGAGCUGGCGUCUUCUCACUAUGACAAGAACCCUGAUCAGCCUAAGCCUUCUCCACUCUUGGUAGUGAUCUGCGUGCUGACUACAUUGGUUCUCGGAGUUGCUAUGGUCGCUGUCGAAUAUACCUAUGGGUGCGUAGUUGCGACUUUGGCUGCGGUCGAGGACCCCAAUCCAGACAUUUAUGUCCGUAUCGACAACGAUGAUCCGAACAAAACUCUUGACUCCAACGAAGGAGAACCCGUUGCUUCCCCAGGACCCAUCACCAACAAGCUGCGCACCACUAUUAGCCACCUACGUGCCCGCGCAGGCUUCUGGUCUCGCUUCCGUGGACUGGGUAUGUUCAUGGCGUAUAACUUUGUCUCUAACUUGAUCGUGGCCAUCAUACCCGGGGGCAGAGGUUCCUUCUUUGGCCAAUUCUUUAUCAAUUCUAUCGUUGGUGUCCUGCUGUCGACUUGGCAGAUGGCCUGGGUUCACAUCGUCAUCACCGAACCCUCCCCUAAGCGCUUCUACCAGCGAAUCCCUUCAUGGCGAUCGUGGAUCAAAAUUGCCCCUGCUGCUGCUCUGCAGGAUAUCCUGACUGCUGCUGCGUUCUUCCUGCCCAUGGCUGUCGCCGAGCUGACUGGUUGGAUCGGCGCUGGGCAAAGUACCGGAAACCAGCUGAAUGAUAUCUACCGCUCCAUGGCUGUUACUUUUGUUCCUGCCCUGCUAGCUCUCAUGAUCUCCAUCCCUGCCCGCGUCAUCUUCAUACGUGUGGCAGCAUCUAUGCUGCCCGAGGAGGAUGAGACCAUCGUGCCGUUUGAUCGCUCCUUUGGCCGUAAGGUGCAGCCUGAAAUUCUGGGAGGCAGUGGUAAGAUCGGUUUGCUUGUUGCUUGGUCGAGCUUUGAUUGGGCUUCUCGAGUUCGUUUUGCCAAGGUUAUUGGUAAGACCAUGGCUAUUGAGCUGGCUUUGAUGGUGGCUGCUAUCCUUGUCAUUGGCUCUCAGCUGUUUAUGAUGUCGAAAAAAGUAAAGAGUCCUGAAGAGCAAAUCUAA